GAGCUGCAAUUUGUUCACGCUGCUUCCAAAGCAUCACAUAUCGCCCGUCAAGCAACGCAAUGUGAAGGUCAGAAUUAUGCCUAUCACUCUCGAUGCGGCGCACGCAACAGCUGAAACAAGGCGGUCCAAGUCAAUCACCGCACGGCCUGGUCCACGGGCAGGCAGCCAACAUGGCCACUUCCGCCCCAUCACCUCAUCGACUCGUUGGCGUCUCGACCAAGAUGUACUUUGACCUCGCCAAAACAGCACAGUACACAUCUCAGGUCCUCUCGCACUUGCAGCACUUUCUGCCGAAGCUUCAUCAAUCAACAGACGUCUUCCUCAUCCCAGACUUUCUCAGCAUCAUCCCUUGUCGCCAGGCGAUCGAGGAGUUCAACAAAACCGCCAGCCCGCCGGUCCCGCUCAUCCUUGGCGCGCAAAACACGCAUUACCAAGAUGCCGGUGCGUUCACGGGCGAAGUGUCUCCCUUGCAGCUCAGUCAGGCAGGUGUCAAGAUCGUCGAGAUCGGGCAUGCGGAGCGGCGGCGCUACUUUGGCGAGACGGACGCUUGGGUCGUGUUGAAGGCGAAGGCGGCCCUGCGGAACGGGAUGACGCCCUUGAUCUGCAUCGGCGAGCAAAAGAAGGAGGGCGGUGUGGAGAACGCAGUGGAGGAAUGCUGGCAACAGGUUUCAGGCGUGUUUGACGACGCAGACGUGCUGAAGGACAGCAAGAGCAAAGAGAUCGUACUCGCGUUCGAGCCAGUCUGGGCGAUCGGCGCCUCGGAGCCUGCGCCGGCAGAGCACGUUGUGGCCGUGACAAAGGCGCUGCGGCAAAGGUGCCAGGCGGCCAAAGGGUUCGAAGGUAGUGUCCGCAUCCUGUACGGCGGAAGCGCGGGUCCUGGCUUGUUCGACAAGCUCAAGGACGGCGUCGAUGGGCUCUUCCUCGGGCGUUUCGCGCAUGACCCCGAGAGAUUCGCCAAGACGGUCGUAGAAGUCGGCGGAGGGUUCGGGGUCUGAUGCCAACAUGUCGAUUUAUAGACUCCGCAGUAGAAUAGAUGAGGG